GUACAAAUCCAAGCGCGCAGCGAAGUGACGACAGAAAAAACAUUGAAGAAGUCAGAGGAAGGAAGGCACAGGCGGUGAUCCUAUGGUUGUUCAACGCUGAGGGUUAUAAACAGCGAAGUUUUCUUAUUGUCUGCAACUCGGUAUCGAUUAGAUACGGUCUACGAAUUUCUCCGUCAGUCGAGACGGGUUGUGGCAAAACGUGGUUGCAAGGUUGGCGGCUGUAUCCACAACACUCUUUCACCGACCUGUCGUGUUUGCAUUUUGUCGGAAAAGAAAAACUCUCGAUCAUUCAAUCUUCAUUAACGACUUUGAGCAUUUUUUGUUAAGCUUUGCUUAUUUUUGGUGAGCUGCUUCAAAGGAUUCACAAACUAAAGUAAUGGCGAAAUCAGAAGUCACUGUCAGGCUUAGGGAUGAUGAUAUUGAGCUGGAAGUAACUUCAGCCAAUUCAAGGAGAGCUCUUACAGACUUGGAUAAAAAAGCAGAAAGCCCCGAAAAUGUCGAAAAAAGGGAUGCGUGGGGAAACAAGGCUGAAUUCAUGUUGGCCACGAUAGGCCUUGCUGUUGGUCUCGGAAAUAUAUGGAGGUUUCCUUACCUUUGCCAGAAAAAUGGAGGAGGAGCUUUCCUUGUUCCGUUUUUCAUUUUCAUGGUGAUUGAAGGCCUUCCACUCUUCUUUAUUGAACUUGGUAUGGGACAGCGAUUUCGCAAAGUUGCCUUGACAGCAUGGCAUGACAUUCAUCCAUCCUUAUCAGGCAUUGGAGUUGGCUGCAUUGUAGUGUCCUUCAUGUUGUGUAUUUAUUACAUCAUUGUUAUAACAUGGUGUUCCUAUUACUUCUUCAUAUCAUUUACAAAAAAACUUCCUUGGCAAAAGGAUAUUUGUCCUCGCUACAAUGAAUAUAAGACUUUAAAAGACGUGUUAGCCUCCAAUGUGACACAAAUUGGAAACUUCAGCCGUGCAUUAUACAACAAUGAAACUUUGGCAUUGAAAAAACAGAUCAAAGACUUCCCUGAUUGCUGUAUUCAAGAUACUCCACAGUGGUACUGGUACAAUAAAGCAUUGCAGGUUUCAUCAGGGUUUGAAGAUGUUGGUUCUGGAAUGGUAGGCCAUCUGGUUGGUUGUCUUGUUUUUGCUUGGGUUGCUGUGUUCUUCUGCAUCAUGAAAGGAGUCAAAACGAGUGGAAAGGUUGUUUACUUCACUGCAGUAUUUCCAUACCUUGUGUUGUUCAUCAUGUUCUUCAGAGGUGUUACUCUUCCUGGUGCACUCCAUGGUAUCAAAGUGUUUUUUACACCAGACUGGUCAAGACUUCUUGAAGCACAGAUUUGGAUGGAUGCAGCUACCCAGAUCUUCUUUUCUCUGAGUCUUGGUUUUGGUGCUUUGAUUGCAUUUGCAAGUUACAACCCUGUGCACAAUAACAUGAUGAGAGAUGCCUAUAUUGUUGUCAUCAGCGACUGUCUGACCGCUGUUUUGGGGGGUGUAGUCAUCUUCUCCAUUCUUGGCCAUAGGCACUAUCUCACAGGAAUACCUGUUGAAAAGGUUGGCUCUGGCCCUGGGCUUGCUUUUGUGACAAUUUCAGAUGCAAUAUUGCUCAUGGAUGUGUCACCAUUGUGGGCCAUACUCUUCUUUUUUAUGCUUAUAUUACUUGGAAUUGAUUCAGAAUUUGGCACACUUGAAGCUGCAGUGGCACCCUUCUUUGAGAUGAAAAUUGUCAAGAUGAAGAAACCUUUGUUUAUUGGUAUCUGCAUCACUGCCAUGUUCUUUGUUGGUUUGUCGAUGGUGACUGGCCCUGGCUAUUACAUUUUUCAAAUUUUUGAUGAGUAUUCUGUUACAAUACCAUUGCUGGUGAUCACAUUAUGUCAGGCACUUGCUAUUGGCUGGAUUUAUGGUGCAGACAAAUUUGCUGAUGACAUCGAAUUCAUGACUGGCAAACGCCCAUGGACCUUCUGGAUGUUCUGCUGGAAGUACCUCUCGCCGUUGGCUUUGAUUGUCAUUUUGAUAUGGACAAUCGUGGAACAAGUAUCAAAGAAACCAUCUUAUUCGGCCUACGUGGGCUGUAAACAGGACCCAGCUGACAGGUCCCGGCAUCCUGGCUCAGAUGACUGGGUUGCGAAAUUCCCUUACCCCAUUUGGGCACAGUGCCUUGCUGUCGUUCUUGUAUGUGCCAGCUGCCUGCCUAUUCCCUAUUACGCCAUCAAAUACUGGCCUAGCAACUUCAAGCAAGGAUUCAAGGCCCGCUUCUGCAGUGGCAUUGCAAACUACAUGCCGGAUCCAUCAUCCUGGAAGAAACGACAUAACCACAAAGAUAUGAUGUACGACCCUGCUUUGCCUUCCGAUCCAGAGGCCAUAUAAACGUCACUCAAUGCAAAAGUUAAAUUUAAAAUUUAUUUAUAUAUAUUUAUGUCGCCAAAGCGCUAGGAAUUUUGUCACUGGGAAAUACUUUCUUUGAUUCAGAGGACCUUGCUAAGGCCAUCUUUGGUUUGGAAUUUCAAUACCUCGUGUUUUCUAGUCUCUUGAUUUUGCACUAAUGUUAUAAAGCUUUUUGAUUUGAGCGCUUUUUUGGAUCAUCUUAUGAUUGUAUAAAAAUUUGCGCAUAAAAAUACUACACUUUGGAAGAAAAAAUGUAUGCAAAAUGAUAUUUGUCCUCUGCUUCAUGGAAUUGAUUCCCAUUCAGUUCAAAUGCAUUAUCCCAUUUAGCUAACCUUUAAAUUUUCGUUGUUUUCGUUUUGCAGCAGGCCUGCAGCCCGUUUAAAUGUUUCUUUGCGUCCUUAAUUUAAUAUUUAAUUCUUUAACUUUAUUCAAAUUGUUGUUGCUGUUCCUUGUGAGCGUUACCAAACGUACGAUAUAUUUUACUUCUUCCCCAUAUCAAAGUUUGGCUCUGCCCAAAUAAUUUGGUUGUUAGGCUUAUGCCCUGGUUUUUCUUGGACGCUGCACAGCUUUGUAGAUAAUGGAUUUGUUAGAAUUACAUUGUUGUCUUACUCUAAAUGUAUUGUCAAACCCAGGACUAAAACAAGAGUUUGGAUAUAAGUGCUGGUUUUCUCAGUUCUGGAUCGCUGUUUUCGGUUUGCAAGGGUCCUAUUUGAAAGAGAUUUGGAAGUUUGUUGACAUGCAAGUAAUACCUAGAUGCCCGUUAAUUUGAUCAGAAGUACACGUUUUCAAAACCGUAUUCAUUUGUGACGAAAAUACUAGGUUCUAACACGCGAAGUCUAUAGAAAGUUCGUCUUGAGAUUAAUGUUGAAUUUAUGCAAGAUAAAGCCGUUUGAUGUAACGAAUGCAAAAUCACUUUGCUAUUUUAAGGAACAGCAACAGCACCAUAAACUUAACUUAUCGUUAUGGGGCUCAUCCCUAGAAAACUUUGUUAGUUGCAAUUUGAAUGCCUAACUUUAUUGUCGCAAAAUUAGUGUUGAAAGUACCAUUGUGUGAGUUUACUGUAAAUAAAUUAUAGUUUUGACUUUGAUGCUUUCUUGUUCUUAGAUAUUGUUUAUGAACAAACCAGUUGCUAGCGUCAAGCUGGUUUUUCAAAUCAUAGUUUAUAGUAAAUUGUAAAUAUUUGUAUAUAGUUGCUUUAUAUGUUUUUCAGAAAUAGACUGUGAUGACUUUACUGAAGUAAGAAGGAACACCUAAGUGUUUUCAGUGGGACGUCUUUUAGAGAACGCUGAAGCUACUUCCAGCUCAUAGGUUUGAUCCAUUGGCCUCAAACCAACCUGGCAAGAUCUUUUUGAAAUGGAAAUUUUAGUAUCCCUUUUCCCUGAUCUUGCACCCUUAGCUCGUGCCAAUUUCUAAGAACUGUGACGUUACUGUACGUGAGUUGUACUGCAGAAUGUACAUCCAAGCUUGCAUUUCAUCUCCAACAUUACUUCAGAAAGAAGUCUUUAACCUUGACUGUAUUAGCUUAGUCUUAAUACUAUUGGCUUAAAUUUUUUUUCUAUGUUUUCCCUGUUUCGUAUAAGAGUGACCAGUGUACUAAUAAAUGUAACUCAGAUCGCUGCCCUGAAAAUGUCUCACCAUCAAUCAAUCAAUCUCCUCUCCCUCUCUCCUUUAUCACAAAUGCGUUGUCCAGUUGUAAUUUGCUCGUUGCGCCCCUCCCUAAAACCUCUCAACUCCAUGUAUGCCGGCCCCUGGAUCUCCUGAUUUAGCAAAGAACAGAAAAUAACAAGGAGGAUACUUGUCAAGGGUACAACUUCCUUUUAGGUUUAUUUUGCCAUCCUCUAUUUAUUGCUUUUGCUUCUUCAUUGUAAGUAUAUUUUUAGGCCAUUUGAAGUUAUUGAAGGAUUUUAGCUAUUUAUUAGAAAGUGUGCUAAAUCUCUGUCUACAGCAACAAACUUGUGUUACUUGCAAUGUAAACUUGAUCCAUUAAGAUAUUUGUCUGUGGUUGUAAAUAAAUUUGUAUAAAUGUAAUUUUGAUUUGAA